UAUUUUGUUGAGCACCACAGCCGCCAUUGUUGCUAUCAGUGUCAAUUUUGAUGCUUCCUUAGCAUAUGGUGAAGCCCACCGCUGAGUCCAUGGCCGAAGCGUCAUCAUCGACUAGUCAUGAGCCAAAAUACAAGGGUGUUCGUAAGCGAAAAUGGGGGAAAUGGGUGUCGGAGAUUCGGCUUCCCAACAGCCGUGAACGUAUUUGGUUAGGUUCAUACGAGUCACCCGAGAAGGCUGCGCGUGCAUUCGACGCAGCUUUGUUGUGUUUACGAGGUGCCACUGCUAAAUUCAACUUCCCCGACAACCCACCGGAUAUUAACAUAACCGGACCAGGAGGACGACCGCUUCAUCCACAAGAGAUUCAAAUGGUUGCCGCAAAAUACGCCAACGAAGAGCAAGAGCGGCCCAGAGCUUCAUUGGAGUACAAUGUAUCAUCAUCAGAGGAGGCGGUGGUGCCCGUGAACGAGGACAGUAACAGUUGUGAUAAAUCGACCAUAGAUUGGUCGUUUUGGAGUACGUUGGACAGCCAUGAGCGAGCUGUUGCAUCUGAUUUUGGGCUUUAUUCUGGGGUUGACAUUGCCAUGGAUAUGAAUGUAGAUGAACUGUAUCCUCCACCAACACCCAUGGUUGAUGAGAACGGGGAAGAUCAUCACAACGUCUAUUCUCACUCUUCAUUUCUGUGGAACUUCUAAAUUAUGGAGGUUUCUAUUUUAAAAGGCUUAUCAGGAUAGUUCGGCUCAUUUGUGCUGUCCAUAUCACUAAUUAUUUUUUAAAAUUUUUUCUUUCCA